CUCCAUUUCCAAUUCCAAUGGUAUGGUGCAGUUUCUGAUAUGUUCCAUAACGACCAUAACUCUCACCUCCCAGAUCCCAAUGCCCCCAUCCUUUCAUUUUCAUUUCUGAGUAUAUUUUAUUCAACUUUCCUAGCUAAACCAACCCAAAUCUCAUUCAUCCAUCUCUUAUUGGAAACAGGGGAUUUUUCAGCUCUGAUUGUCUGUUUUUCCUUCUGAUUCCUUCAAUAAUUCAACCUUGCCUAACCAAAUCAUCAUUAAAUUCAAAGAAUUUACAUUAUGCAUGAUCAGAAGCCCUGUUCAUACUUUACAUGCACUUAAUUGUUUUCAUUUAGAUUUAAUCUGCAACUUUUCUUGACAUUAUUCAUCUUUCUCCAAUUCCUUGUCUUACCCAUUAUUGAUUUAUGAUCAUUGCAUGAGAUCCCAGUAUAAAGCCUAUUCCUUUAUAUGCUUUUUGUCCUUAAUUUUACUUACCAGACAUGCCCAUUUGCCAAAAGCCUUGCCUUUUUCCAAUUUCAUGAUCCCUUUAGGGUUUUAACUUCAUAGAGAGGAAAACAACAAUAGAGUUUUAGGUUUUGGUCUAGGGAUGGAUGAUAUAACUAAUGAGGCUAGUGUGGACCUUUUUCCAAUUGGCCCUUCAGGCAUUCUUGGCAGGACAAUUGCCUUCAGGGUCCUUUUCUGCAAGUCAAUCUCGCAUUUGAGGUAUCGGAUAUUCGUCGCGUUGUUCGAUGUCUAUAAUAGGUUUAGGGGAUUUUGGGCGCCCGUUGUGUCGUGGUUGCAUCCGAGAAACCCGCAGGGGAUAUUAGCGAUGAUGACAAUUGUUGCUUUCGUGUUGAAGCGCCACACCAAUGUGAAGGUGAGGGCGGAGAUGGCUUAUAGGAGGAAAUUCUGGAGAAACAUGAUGGGCUCCGCGUUGACGUACGAGGAGUGGGCUCACGCGGCUAAGAUGCUCGAUAGAGAGACGUUGAAGAUGAAUAAUGAAUCACACCUUUAUGAUGUGGAACUUGUGAGGAACAAGCUCGAAGAGCUACGCCACCGCAGGCAAGAGGGAUGUCUUAGGGAUAUAAUAUUUUGUAUGCGAGCUGAUCUUGUUAGAAAUCUAGGUAACAUGUGUAACCCUGAGCUACACAAGGAUAGGCUUCAGGUGCCCAGGCUCAUCAAAGAGUAUAUUGAUGAAGUAUCAACUCAGUUGAGAAUGGUCUGUGAUUCUGAUUCAGAUGAGCUUGCACUGGAAGAGAGGCUUACUUUUAUGCUUGAAACUAGACAUGCAUUUGGGAGAACUGCUUUGCUGUUAAGUGGGGGUGCUUCGCUUGGAGCUUUUCACGUCGGUGUGGUUCAAACAUUGGUAGAACAUAAACUCAUGCCUAGGAUAAUUGCUGGUUCGAGUGUAGGAUCCAUUAUGUGCUCUGUGGUAGCCACCAGGGCUUGGCCCGAGCUUCAAAGCUUUUUUGAGGAUUCAUUGCACUCAUUACAGUUCUUUGAUCAAAUGGGUGGGCUUUAUGCGGUUGUGAAGAGGGUCACAACAUUUGGUGCAGUUCACGAAAUUAGACAGUUGCAAAUGAUGUUAAGGAAUCUAACAAGUAAUCUUACAUUUCAAGAGGCUUAUGACAUGACAGGUCGAAUUCUUGGGAUUACUGUCUGCUCUCCGAGAAAGCAUGAACCGCCUAGAUGUCUUAACUACUUGACUUCACCCCAUGUUGUUAUAUGGAGUGCUGUCACAGCUUCUUGUGCCUUUCCUGGCCUUUUUGAGGCUCAGGAAUUGAUGGCAAAGGAUAGAAGUGGAGAGAUUGUUCCUUACCAUCCUCCAUUUAAUUUGGGCCCUGAAGAGGGUUCCACACCGGUGCGCCGUUGGAGGGAUGGUAGCUUGGAAAUUGAUUUACCUAUGAUGCAGUUGAAGGAGCUGUUCAAUGUCAAUCAUUUUAUUGUUAGUCAGGCCAAUCCUCAUAUUGCACCAUUAUUGAGAUUGAAAGGAUUCGUACGAGCUUAUGGAGGCACUUUUGCAGCCAAGCUUGCUCAUCUUGUAGAGAUGGAGGUGAAACAUAGGUGUAAUCAAAUACUGGAACUUGGCUUUCCAUUAGGUGGGCUUGCUAAGCUGUUUGCUCAAGACUGGGAGGGUGAUGUAACAGUUGUUAUGCCUGCAACUCUUGCUCAGUACUCGAAAAUUAUACAGAACCCUUCUUAUGGAGAGCUUCAAAAGGCAGCUAACCAAGGGAGAAGAUGCACCUGGGAGAAGCUUUCAGCUAUAAAAGCAUAUUGUGGAAUUGAGCUUGUUCUUGAUGAGUGUGUUGCAGUUCUCAAUCAUAUGAGAAGACUCAAAAAGAGUGCUGACAGAGCUGCUGCUGCUUCUCAAGGUCUUCCCAGUAGUGUCAAAUUCAGUGCAGGAAGAAGAAUUCCAUCGUGGAAUGUCAUCGCGCGAGAGAAUUCUACAAGCUCCCUUGAAGAAGAUUUCAUUGCAGAUGCUGUUUCCUCAUUCCAUCAAGGCGCUAAUAGUUCCAACGGGGCCGGCGGUAGUAUAAAUUGGAAGUCCCACCGCAGCGGCACACAUGAUGCAAGUGAUAGUGAAUCUGAAAGUGCUGACUUAAAUUCUUGGACCAGAUCUGGUGGUCCUUUGAUGAGAACUACUUCCGCAGAUAUGUUCCGUGACUUUGUCCGAAACUUAGAAGUUGACCCUAAAAUAAAUAGUCAUGCUAGCUUUCAUGAUUUUCAGUAUCACAAUCACAGCCCGAGGCUCGCAACACCAGAUAGGAGCUCAGAGACCUCAGAAUCUGAUCAGAAAGAAAAUGUCAACAGACUUGUUGCCAUGAAUGGAUCUAGCAUAAUGGUAACUGAAGGUUGUCUUUUACAGCCUGAAAGAAUCCAUAAUGGGAUUGUGUUUAAUGUUGUCAGGAAAGAAGGCUUGUCACCUUCAAAUAGGAGUCAUGAUUCUGAUAGUUAUCACAAUGAAAUUGCUGAAUGUGUCCAAAUUGACUGUCCAGAGAAGGAGAUGGAUGCUGCUAGCUCAGCUUCCGAAAAUGCAGAUGAUGAUUCCGCAACCGAAACCACACCAGCUAGGUCCCUAACUGAAACACCAGAAUAUAAUCCCUCAGAUAUUUCCAGUGUAGACUUGGGUAAAGAUCAGAGCAUUGAUGACAGUAAAAACUGAAAUUAUCACAGUUAAAAUAAUGAUAAAAAUUACAUGCACAUAUCAUAAAUUGUGAGCUGAUCAAAUACGUUAGUGGUAUGAACUUGCAAAGGAUGACUGUAUUCUUUCUACUAUGGGAAUCAAUAUAGCCAAAUGUCUGGGAUACAUAGAAACACAAGGAAGAAAUAGAGGUUUCUUAGUUCUUAUACCUUGCAUUACCAAAUUGAAGUUUGUAGUCACCACCACUUAUGCAGAUGAAUGGAAUCUUGCACUCUUCAUUGUAUGUAACUAGUGCUAGUGUAGUGCCCGUGUGAUGCACAAGGAGAUGUUCUAUGUGAUUUUAUUAAUACUA